AAAUGUUCUUCCUUUCGUCUGUAUAGUAAUUAAUUUUUGAGCUGACAACGCUGCUAUUAUUGACACUUUUAACCUUAUCACAGUCAACUGUCCAAAAACUCAAAAAAAUUACUUUCAACCUUUCGCUGCUGUGGUCUAAUUUUCCAAAGCUCCGAAAAUGCCAAGUUUGACGCAAGUUCUUCGAAGUGAUCAAUGGGGUGGUAUGAGAAAAGAUAUCAGGCAUAUUGUCUAUCAUCAAAUUUCCCCCUAUGAACAAAAAGCUUUCAAAGGAUUCUUCUCAGAAGGUUUUCCUAAUGCCAUCAGGAGGAUCAGAUUGAGGAUGUUUAAAAUCCUCAUGCCUUUCACUGGCGCACUUGUUCUGGUUGAUUGGGCAAAGAAAGAAAAUGAAAAGAUCCAUCGCAAAAACCCUGCUGAUUACGAAAACGAUGAGUGAUCUUAUGUAAAUCUGUGUUAUGUAUUCCUGUACUUCUUAGUUGUUGUUGAAUAAUUUAGGUUUUAUUUUGAUUCAGUAAGGAUUUUUUUUUGCUCAGCCUGAGUGUAAAAUUAAUUGGUAAUACCAUCAUUCAUGUAACCACCAGAGUGAAAUUCAUAUUUUAAUUUUCUGCAAUAAAGAUGCAAUGGCUGAAAUGAUUUAAAUUCCA